UCGAAAGAUGUAUAGGUAGCAUAAUCUGGUCUUGCUUUUGUGAGAAUCAUGUUAGGUGUUGGACAUGGUACGUUAUAUCAAUUGUUUGUUUACUACUAAAGCAUGUUUUAUCUUUAGAUGGGAAAGAAGAAAUCCACCAAUACCGAAUAUGAGGGAUCUGGAAAACAAAAGGCCACAUGGCCUGAUGAGGUUGUAGCUAUAUUUUGUGAUAUAGAUGUUAAGGAAGUGGCCAAAGGAAAUAGGCCCAGUACGCAUUUUGAUAAAAAAGGAUGGACAAAUGUUGUGUUAGCCUUUAAGGAGUUAACCGGAAGGGAUUAUGAUAAAAAGCAAUUGAAAAAUAAAUGGGAUUCGCUUAAAAAUGAUUGGAAAUUGUGGAGUUCGCUGUUGCAUAAGGAAACUGGUAUUGGAUGGGAUCCGGCUAGGAAGACUGUCGAUGCACCGGCUGAAUGGUGGGAAACCAAAAUUCUGAUCAAUCCAGAGUAUCGCAAAUUUCGCGAAGUGGGAGUUAGUCCUGACAUGAUGGCUGUUUAUGAUAACAUGUUCAAGGGUAGCACAGCCCUAGGUAACAAUGUCAUGAUUCCCUCAGAAACUAUAGAUAUUGAAGAGGUUGUGGAGGAUUCUGAGCAUAAUAUUAUUUCUGGAGAUGAUGAAGAGGAUUAUGAGCAAGGUAAUGAAUGUAGAGGGAAAAAGAGAACAAGUGUGGAGCGCCAAACAGAGGCUGAUAAAGAUAAAAAAGGAAAAGGAGUUAUGGGAGGGCCAAAGGGGAAGAAAGAAAAGGUGGGAGGUGCGGCCAAAUUGUCUAAACAAAUAGAUCGGCUUGUUGAUGUAGUCGAGAGUAGGAGUACAGCCACCUCUGUUCGUGAUAAUGGUACCUCACAUGGAACUAGUAUUCAGGAGGUGAUGAAAGUUGUAGCAACAUUACCAGGAGCGGAAACUGGUACCAAGUUAUGGUGGUUUGCAACGGAGCUGUUCUGCUCUCAAGAGAAGCGAGAGAUGUUUUCUAUUAUGACAGAUGUUGAUCUCAAGCUCCAGUUUCUGAUUCUUAAUCAGAAAAAAGAUGAAAAUUAAGUAGGCUGAUCCUACUUUGUAACAAGAUGGGUGUUGCUUGUCGUUUAGACCUAAGCUGAGAUGCUUUAUGUUUUUGUGAUUUUCCACCUUUGAAAGAUUGUUUGUUGUUAAUUGUUAAUUGUUAAUGCUACUUUAUUUUACUAAACUUAAAGUGAUAUUGAUGCAUCUUGGAACUAUUAUUACUGAUGGCUGUUUG